AUGGAUGUCAACUGUGGCAACUAUUUGAAGAACUACACCCAAUCAGCUGUCGAUAAGAGAAAAUUGCCUAUAUCUGAAAUAGAUAGAGCCCUUCACAACCUUUUCUCUGUCAGAAUGAGGUUGGGGCUUUUCAAUGGCAAUCCAGUUAACCAGUCUUUUGGCAAAAUUAAUUCAGACCAAGUCUGUUCCCAAAAGCAUCAGAAUCUUGCUCUCGAGACUGCUUGCAACAGCAUUGUCCUUCUAAAGAACACCGACAAACUCCUCCCGUUUUCAAAAGUGAAAACUACUUCCCUUGCAGUAAUAGGCCCUAAUGCCAAUUCUGCAAGAACACUACUUGGUAACUAUGCAGGCCCUCCUUGUAAAACCGUUACACCUCUGCAAGGGUUGAAAAACUAUGUUAAGGACAUCAGUUAUCACCCAGGUUGUAAUGCAGUUAACUGCUCUUAUCCUUUGACUGAUCAAGCUGUGAAAGUAGCAAAAGGAGCAGAAUAUGUGGUGCUGGUGAUGGGAUUGGAUCAAACCCAAGAGCGGGAAGAACUCGAUCGUGUAGACUUGGUUCUCCCGUCAAAGCAGCAGAACUUGAUAUCCACUCUCGCGAGAGCUGCUAAGAAUCCGGUUGUUUUGGUGCUUCUUUCUGGAGGUCCAGUAGAUAUAACCUUUGCCAAAUAUGAUAAACACAUCGGAAGUAUUCUAUGGGCUGGUUACCCGGGUGAAGCUGGAGGCCAGGCAUUAGCAGAAAUCAUAUUUGGUGAUCAUAAUCCAGGAGGGAGGUUACCGCUGACUUGGUAUCCGCAGAGUUACGUUAAAAUACCGAUGACAGACAUGAGAAUGCGUUCUGAUCCAUCUUCAGGCUAUCCUGGACGUACUUACAGAUUCUACCAAGGACCAAAGGUUUUUGAAUUUGGCUAUGGUCUCAGUUACUCAAACUAUUCUUAUGAAUUUCUCCCUGUAGCACAGAACAAGGUCUACUUAAACAAUCAGUUAAAGUCUCCAAAGGUUGAGAUUGAGAACUCAAAUGCUCUCAAAUACAUACCAGUUUCAGAGAUAGGAAGAGAACUUUGUGAUAAGAGAAUCCCAAUCACAGUUAGAGCUCAAAACCAUGGGGAAUUGGCUGGUAAGCAUCCACUUUUGCUAUUUGUCAGGCGAGAAAAAGCCACUAAUGGAAGGCCAGUGAAACAACUGAUUGGAUUCCAGAGCGUUAUUCUGAGUGCUGGGGAAAGAGCUGAUGUUGAAUUUGAGUUGAGCCCUUGUAAGCAUCUUAGCAUAGCCGAUGAAGAGGGUUUGAUGGUUAUUGAAGAAGGGUCUCAUUUCUUAACCAUCGGAGAGAAAGAAUCAGAGAUCACAGUCAUCAUAUGAUACGAAGGACCCGCUCCUCAAAACAGAGGAAAUUUUACAGAAUGAAUCAUUGUUGUCUACCUUUAAUCCUGCUAUCCAAUAAAAAAAAGCCAUCUUGUCUCGUUUGAAAAUCACUCUCUAGCAAAUUAUGAGCAAUGAUUUUGUAUUCCCUACAAUGCUAUUUCUUCAUCUACAAAAAAAGAACA